AUGAUGAAGGUCGACAAGAUGCUUGUCCGCACCGACAUCACGCAACAGUCUCUGCGUGAAGAUUACGACGAAAAGAUCAGCCAGGGCGUAGUCACCAAAAGUCUCGACAAAUGGCGCGAGUUCAUGGUUGUCUGCCGAAGCCAUGAGGAAGAAGAUGCCAAAGCUGUGCUCCAGCUGUACCAGACGCGAGUCAUCACGGUAUCAGAGGACAAGAAGGUCAAGAAGAAGGCAAAGGUCCAGAUUCUGCUGGGUAACAGCAAAGUGCGCGUGAACUUGUACUCUGCUCUCGACAAGACUUUGUGUCUCUGGACCAGAGAUGGCUUACGAACGACGAUAUACUAUUUGCGAGCAGCUUCCACCGCCACGGCUGUAGAGUGGUAUACCUUUAUCCGGAGUGUGCUUGGCCAUAAGAGAGCCGAUACAUUGCAAGUGAAUAUUCCCGAUUUGAGUGUGUGCCUGCGUCUCGAGGACCCAUUCCGGGCCAUCGAGACAUCAAGCACCUUCGCAGAAGCUGAAGCAGGUGACGACGAAGCAUUAGCUAGAGCUGUGAACGAGGAAAAGGGCGCUGCGGCUGCUAUCGUGACACGAUGCAUGGAAAUGCUGAAAGAGAACUCGGAAUGGCAGGAUGUGCUAAAAGUCUGGGCCCAAGACAACCGCAUAGGGCUCGCAUGGAAGCGCUACGAUCGUUUGGAAUGGCUACAUGGUGCCGUCGAGCAGAGGAUGUACGGUACUAUCGCGAUGCAGCGCACCCACGAUUUGGAACUUCGGCCCAAACAUCACUAUCCCAAGUUGAUUACGCAAACAACUGGACCUGCCUUGGAAGAACCGACACCGAUUGAGGGCUUCUUGAUUCGGUUGACUUCGCAACAGGGUAAGGAUCAAAAGCUCGGAAAGAUGCUGUUCAAACGCCUAUAUUUCACGACGCAGAGCCAGUAUCUGCUUUUCAUGAAACCGGCGAAAGCAAAGCCUCCGCCACCUCCCAGACUUCCUGCGCAAACCGCUGCUGAUGGUGGUGUGCCAUCGAUUCAGCAAAUUUCGGCUCAAGUGCCACUGACAUACGAUGUCGAACCUUAUCCAUUGCAGGACAACAAUAUUGCGUGGCUGAACAGUGAAGGUAUCAUUUCACCGAUGGAAGUCCGGGAUCGGGACGAUGCAGCUGCCGCUGAGGCUGAACGCAAUGUCGAGAUGCUGCAGGCUGCCGAUGGCUUCAUUGACAUGUGCAAUGUGCAUAGAGUGCGCAACUUUGUCGAUGGUGCCACACCCGCAGAUGAGAAUGUCGAAUCAGGGGAUGAUGUCGACUUCCACGUGCAGGUGCCCGACACCUCUGUGCGACAGGACGAUGGUACUGCCACUGAGAUUGACGAAGAUCGCAUAUUUGAGCUUGUGAUGAAGAAUGGCCUGGUGAUUCGCCUACAAGCUUUCAAUAAAGUGACUCGCGAUGAAUGGCUCAAGCGCAUGCGCCAACUUGUUGCUUACUGGACUGCGCGCAAGAAGGCUGACAUGAACCUCUACAAGUCCACUCGCGAGCAGAAUUUGCGAGAGCUGGGCAUCGACGAGCGCGCUGAAGCUCUUGUAGGACAAUUUGCACAUAAAUGGGAAGUCGGAAAAUCGUUUGCCUCUCCUACGCUGUACAACAUGUGCGGCAUCUCCGGGUGUCGCACCGUACAUCUAUCAGGGGUCCUCUUUCGCAAGCCGCGAAAGCAUACUACAUUCAUUCGCGACCAAGUUAUUCUCUCGCAUGGCCAUCUCUUGAUUUUCCAGGAUACCUUGCGAUCGCGCUCUGGCAAGAAGCUACAGCACAUUCACCACGACCGUAUCGCCUCCAUCAACCUGAAGGGCUGUUACCUUUACUCUGGCUUGCUUACUGAGAGCGAUUUACUUUACCAAAAUCAGACUUUUGACUCCAACACACCUGGACAUCAUGCCUUGCCACGCGUCUAUCUGGAAGACGGCUGGACGAGUACGGACGAGGAUGCCAUGACCACGUUUGUCAUUUGGCAUGCUAACAGCAAAUCGUGGUUCAAGAGCUCUUCCACGGUUGACGAUCAACGAAAGGAGCAGCAACAAGCCGAUGACGACCGAAAGGUGAAGACCAAGCUGACCAGAGUCAGCAAACUGGGGACGACGGGUCGCAAUGUGGUGUUUAAAGCUCGCAGCCGAGCAGAGCGAGACCACUGGGUCCUUGCCAUACAGGUGGAAAUUGAGAGGCUUGCCAGCCAGGCGGACGAGGUCAGACUUGUUAACGACGGAAACAAAGACGACGAGGCAACUUGA